AUGGCUCUAAAUAUCCUGGCUCCUUGUCCCAAAAAGCCUUCCUCGUUGCGAUUCUACACCAAUGCGCAAGACGCCGAAAUGGACGAUGCAUGUCAAGAAUUGAGACAAAUCUUGGCAUCCCAGUCACGACAGCUCGUGCGUCCUAUACACGACCAUGUCAUCGUUCGUACCGAUAAUCCUCUACCUCAUGAUUCCAGCUUUAUUCCUCUUCACCAAGCUGUGACCCAUCUGCAUGUUUCGGAUACCCCUAACAGACCGAGAUCGUUCAGCGUCGGUGAUCAACCUAGAAAAUCCAUGAACUACAAGGUCCUCAGCAUGGUCCAUUGA